AUGGCUUUACUUCAGUGCUCGAAGAGUCAAGUCGACAGAAUCUACUUAAGAGCUGCAAAUGCACCCUUUUUUAGAAGGUUGAUGAACAUAACAGGUAUGAGUGAGCAGUGGGUCACAGCCCGAAUCAAACAAAAAAGGGAUAACAAAUGCAUUUCUUGGAGGAAUUUGAAAGAUGUGGUCCUAGUGCAUCUAGAUGUAAAAAAGAGGGUAGAUGUCUUCACUUUGAGCAUAUACGGCUUAUUUAUCUUACUUAGAGCUUUGGGGCAUAUUGAUGAGGCAGUCACUGAUUUAUUCGACCGUCUCGACAAGGGAGUUACUUCAGUUCCAGCAAUUUUAGCGGAAACAUUCAGAUCAUUGAAUGCCUGUCGACGAGCGGGUGAAGGCAGAUUCGUUGGAUGUGGACAGUUAUUACUUGCGUGGUCCCACAGUCAUUUUUGGAAAGUGGAUAAGGUGUCAUAUGGGGUCUUCUCUGAAAACUAUUCGCCACUAAAGGAGAUAGUAGGUACACCGAGAAGAGAUGACAUUUCGAUGGAAAAAUGGAUGGCAAUUCUUCAAAGCCUGCAAGAAGAGGACAUUGAGUGGAGAGCUCCGUGGUUACUUCUAGAUAAAAUUUUGUAUCGGUGUGGUGAUUUUGAUUGGGUCCCUCUACUUGGAAUCUGGGGAGCUAUUGGUUAUGCACCGUUAUUAGUGCUCAGACAAUACAGGUCAAGACAGUUUAUACCCGUAACUCAGGGACUAGCCGGGUGUGAAUUCACGUACGGGGGUGAUGGUUAUAAAAAGAGGAUUCGAGAGAUAUCCAAUGCGUGGAACCAAACUCGACGAAUGAAGAGAUUGGCUGUAGGACCAAUGACAACUCCUGAGUACGAUGAAUGGAGGGUCAGAAGAAUCAAUGACAAUAUUCCCAAAUCAAGUCACGAAGGCAAUCAGUCAUUAGAGGAGCAUUUAAGGGUUGUCCCUUCUGAACUAGAAAUUUUAAAGCAAGAUUUUGAAAGAAGAAAUGCAGAGUUGGAAAAACAGAUAGAGCAGAUGGAAGAAGAAAAAAUUAACUUAAGAUUGGAUGCAGAUGUGCAGAAGCUCGAGAUGGAGCGAUUAAGAAAAGGAAAAGCUAGGGCUGAAGAAGAUCUAGAUAGUCUGAAAACAGAUUACAAGAAGUUGUGA